AUGGCCUUAUCAUCAGCUUCUUUGAUGGUUAAACAACUGAUAGACUCAGUUGGCCUUUCAGAGGAGGCGGCAAUUGAAAUAUCUCACCAAUUUCUCCACUUUAAAUCCCCUAAAACGCCUCUCUUUGUGUUAAAAUUCCUCAAAAACAGUGGUUUCCAUGAUACCCUUAUCUCUAAUAUCAUCACCAAGGUUCCCCAAAUUCUUACCACCACAACUCUAAAAUCCAAAUUCAAAUUGCUACAAGAUUUGGGUCUUUCUGGAUCCGAUCUUGGCAUAUUCCUCUGUUCAAAUCCAGCUUUUAUUACAUGUAGUACCAAUAAGCAUCUCCAACCGUCCAUGCUCUUUCUAAAGAGUAUUUUGAAAACAAAUGAAGACAUUUUGAGUGUUCUAAAACGAUAUAGUCAGCUUGUUAUGGCCAACCCCAAGAAGGCAUUGUUGCCCAACAUAAAGUCUCUGCUGAGCUAUGGAGUUGGUGCCUCCCAAUUAGAGGAGUUCAUGUUGGCACAGCCUGCCAUUUUUACACAGGAACCCAAGUGGUUUAAGGAGAUCUUGGGAAAAAUUAAGAAGUUGGGACUUAAUUGUCAGACUAUCGUGUUCUCUCGUGCAGUUUUAUGCAUGUGUUCCCUGAGCAAGGAUACAUGGUAG